AUGACUAGCGAAUUAAAGGAGGCUCAGAUAGCGGAGACUAAGGAACCUGAAAAGUUUGUGAGACCACCAUUAGAUUUGUGGCAAGAUUUGAAAGAUGGGAUUGAGUACUUGUUGUUUAAUCCUCGAGCCAAUCUUAUUGUUAUCCCUACGUUACUAUUUAUGGAGUCCGCAGCACUCAAGAUAAUUAUUAAGAAUGUGGCAUACACUGAGAUUGAUUACAAAGCGUAUAUGGAGCAAAUUGAGACGAUAGUAUACUAUAAAAAUUUGAACUAUACAGAAAUCGAAGGUGGCACCGGGCCACUAGUUUAUCCUGCAGGUCAUGUUAUGCUGUACAAGAUAAUGCACAGGCUAACUGACGGGAUGGAGAAUCUAGAUAAGGGACAACUGUGGUUUAGAUAUUUGUACAUGUUUACAAUGCUUUUACAAAUGCUUUGUUACAAUAAGUUAUCUAUACCACCAUGGUGUGUUGUAUUGGGAUGUCUUUCGAAGAGAGUUCAUUCUAUCUACGUGCUACGUCUCUUCAAUGAUUGCUUUACGACUUUCUUCAUGGUGAUGACAGUUUUCCAUAUGAUCUUAGCCGCUGCACCAAGAAAACCUACAGAAAUGAUUUUAUCUAUACUUUCCGCUUUAACCUAUUCCAUGGCAGUUAGUAUUAAGAUGAAUGCCUUGCUAUAUUUCCCUGCUAUGAUGAUUGGAGUUUAUAUAGUCAACAAGGGAAACCUGUUCAAGACAUUGGUUUGUUUUAUUGUGAUGCUAGGCUGGCAAGUAUACGUUGCUCUGCCAUUUUUGAAAACUUUCCCAAUGGAAUAUUUGAAGAAUGCAUUCAAUUUCAGCAGACAAUUCAUGUUCGAAUGGAGCAUAAAUUGGCAAUUUAUUGGGGAAGAAGGGUUCCAUAAUGUAUGGUUUCAAAAAUCACUACUCAUGGGACAUAUCAUAUUUCUCUUGGUUGUGGUUGCUGUAAGAUAUCCUCGAUUCUUCCACGAUUUGAUCACUUCAAUGAAAAGGCCAUUCAGUAAUGUUAUGGUGACGAUGUCACGCGAUGACAGGGAGAGGAUCGUACCACAAUUACUCAUUAUUACAAAUUUCAUUGGGAUCAUUUUUGCCAGAUCUUUACAUUACCAAUUUCUCGUAUGGUACCAAUGGACCCUACCCAUGUUACUACAUUGGUCCCAAGUACCACUACCUGUUGGUAUUGUAUGGUAUGCGUUGCACGAAUAUUGUUGGAACGUGUACCCACCAAAUGCAGCCACGAGCGCAUUGUUACUCGUGCUAAACAGUCUCCUAUUGCUACUCUGCGUAAGACCCCAUCACACGAAGACAGACGACCACGUCAAGAAAACCAUAUAA